AUGGCCCACAUCGCUUCAAGCGACCUUGUCCCCGGAAGAGUACUGCAAGGCAUCGUAAGGGGCAAACCACGGUUUCUCUUUCCAGGACACGGAGACGCCACCGCUGCGCGCCUCAAGUUUGGCGUGUUUGUGCGCCUUGACUCUCCACCGUCCGACUACUCAGCGCCUGUGCCAGACAACAACGACAACGAGAGCGGACUGUCGCAUAUCCCCAAACCACAGACGGGGUACACGAUCAUCUUUACCCUUACUUCUGCCCCAGGACAGCCUGUCGACACGGCUAGGGCGAAGGACGACUACAAGAAACUCUCCGCGGCACAAAAGCACAAAGGCCUAAUUGAGAUUGACUGUACUGGCGUCAAGGUCGUGUCGCGUGAGUACGACAAGGAAAAGAAGGAUAGAAUCAACGUCGCCGUUUGCGCGAGUGGCCCACGACGUGCUGUCAUUGAAGGUGUGGACCGUAUUCUGCUAGAUUGUGCAACAUCCGCACCCAACCCGAGGCGUGCAGAUUCCAAGACCAAGGCAUCCUCAUCCAAAGCGCACGUCUGGGAUUUCCACGACGACGUCUUCUCCCCGGGUCCGUCUUCCCCUCAUCCCCCAGCACAACCUCCAGCUGUCGCCGAAGCCCCACCGGUCGCACUUCCCCCACGCUUCCGCCCACUAUCCACCCUUCCACAGCUCAGCUUCUCCGCCGGUGCUGCUCCCAUCACCCCGCAGGCUCCGCGUUACAGUCGUAAUAAGCGUCCAGGUGCGCCUGUCAGCGCUGUUCCCCAUAACCACAACACCACUUCCACUGCCAGUGCCAGCACGACCUUGAACAAGGGCCUCCAGACAUCACCACCCCCACCAACUCGUGAACGCUUCGAUCUAUCACACUUGUCGCAGCCCGCUAUUGCGCCGCUCGACAUUGUACACCGCGCGCGCCAGUUCCUCCCUACCCCGUCAGACGCCUCUCGUCCUGAGACCAUCGAAGUAGACAGCAGUGGUGAGACAGAGGCACUUGUUCUGUCGCCACCUAGUAGCUCUGAUCCGGUCGUGUUAUCUCGCCCUUCGAGUGUCUCUCGCUCCGCGUCAUCCCCAAUCAACUGGGCACUGGAUAACCCAGGCCAGCCUCAGGACCUUGAGACUUCUCUCGACAUCGACAUCGCAAACGAACCCACACCACCACCCCCAGCGCCCAGUAUGCAGAACAAGCGAGCACGAGAGGACUCUGUGUCUCGCGACGAGAGUCUGUCACCCGAAUCCAAGAGAAUCAUGGCAAAGGUCAAAAGACGUAAACAACUAAACGACAUGCUCGAGGCUGAGGAACGCCGCGGGGCGGAACUGCAAAGCAGACAAAGUCGCAACUCGGUCACUCCUGCCCAACGCGUUUCUAUCGCACCUGCUGCGGCGACACCUUCCCAAGGGAGGGAGCGUGUUAAACAGCGCACCGAGUCGAGCGAGAACAGGCAAGCCCACGCAGGAGUUGCCCGACUCCCAGAAGCUCCUGACAGGACCGUCACGACUGCACGCGCAGCCCCACUCUCAAGGGUCGAAGCGCAGAAACAGGCCAUGGCCACCGCCCAAGCUGCGGCAGAGGCAAAAGCGCGUGAUGCGGCCAAGAAGAAGGCGGCCGAGGAGGCAACGAACGCGCAAAUGCUUGGCCAUGAACUCCGCGCAGGUGGAAAUACAUACGCUCUCCUAAGGGAUGUCCGCGAUGGCGUCCUCGUCAACAUCAUGGGUGUCAUCAUCAGAGUUACAGCAGGCCAUGUGCCAGGCAUGGACCAUAUCCACACAGUGGUCAUUAGCGACCUUUCCGUGCACACCGCGGGAGUGUCGAGCGAGGACAUGGUCGUAACUGUGUUUCGCAAGACGCCACAAGAGCUGGUUGGAUUCGACGUGGGCGCCGCCGUCCUGUUUCGUGGUGUCAAGACCAACAAGUUCCGUGACAAGGUCAAGGGCAACCUUUACUCCAAUUCUUCCAACCAGUGGGCGACUUUACGCGGGCACGAGAUCAAGUAUUCGGUCGACUGGAAAGGUGCCAGGCUCCUUCCAGAGGAACAUGAACGUCUCCGGGCAUUGUCGGGCUGGUGGAACAAGCAAGAUGAUGCCUCCCACUUCGCUGCAGUAUCAACCCAAGUUGGCGACGGUGGUGUGGGCACCACCAAGAAAGAGCACUUGCUAGAGGCUCUUGACGCAAGCAUGUUUGCGGACAUUGUCAUUGUCGCAGUCAUCAAGAAUGACCGUGGAUACACCUUUCCUCGGUGGGAGCUGUACCUCACCGACGGCUCUGUCAAUCCACGCCCAACGCGAAACUUUCACAACGUCAGCGCCGGUCUACCCGGAUCUGCCAUCUUUAUGCUAGCAGUCUGGGCGCGUGAUGGUGCCGAUGGCGACACGCGCGAUUUUCAACCGUACGAGUACUACCGAUUCCCUAACGUGCGGUGCAAGGACCGUCACGGGGAGCUUGAGCUUAACUGGUCUGAAAAAGUCGAAACUACACAAAAGGCGGCCGGAUGGAAGAACAAGGAGUUUACACGGAUCACAAAGGAAGACCCGAGGGCCAAGGCUAUUGAACGCCGCAUUGAACAGACCAAGCAAAAGGCCAAGCGAGGCGAAGACUUUCCCGUCGCCGUCGCACCGCCGCCUGAUUUCUUCGAGCAGCUCCCGUCAGCCCCUCCGCCUGAGACGCGCGCUCCCAUCCGAACCACCAACAGGGAAGAGAUCAAGCACCCCGUCACACCCUUGUCGGAGGCGAUCGCAAACCCUACCCUUCCGAACAAGUAUCGCAUCCAAGCGCGUGUAUCCCGAAUUGAGUCUCGACGCGCAAAGGCCGCGCCCGACUCGUUGGCCAUUCUCUUUUGCAGCAAAUGCCGAACGUGCAUCAACGCCGAACACUGCCAGUCGUGCAAUGACAGGGCAUACCAAUACGCCGAGGCGAGGUGGGAUAUGUUUGUCUUCUUUGAGAUGGACGACGUGGCCAAGGCCACUGCAGCCAAGAUGGGUCUUGCACUCGCCUUCGAGGGUGAGUGGGGCGUCUUCUUUGGCGGACCAGCCGCCGAGGCAUGUCUACCAGCUUUGCCGCCCCUCGGGGGCUAUAUGGGCCCCAACGAGGUCAAACGUGUCCGCAACCGUCUGGAGGCGUUUACGGGCCGUGUCCACGACGCAAUGUUGGGUCCCAAGUUGGAUGGGGAGCGGACCCGUCCGGCCAUCGAUUGGACGGUGCAGACGUAUACUGUUGGCGAGGGUGCCAACAAGACGGAAAUGUGGGAGGUAGUGGAUAUGGAGAAGGCGUAA